AUGUCGUCCCGCGGUGGCCGGAUACCGAGCCGCCCACUGGCGGCGAAUGCGGAGGCCCUCAAACGGAACGUUGAUUGCUUCUACUUCAUCGCAUCCCCGACUACGUGCACGAAGGGAAGUAAAUGUGAGUAUCGUCACAGCGAGGGUGCCAGGUUUAACCCCAAGGAUUGCUUGUACUGGCUAAAGGGAAACUGCUUGAAUCCAAGGUGUACUUUCCGUCAUCGACCACUUGAAUCGCUGUUUGGAAAUCCCAGGGCCAUGGCAGUGCCUGCUGAACCAUCAUCGUCAACAGCAGUUCAAGUUGCAGAUCGUCCACCUCCUAAUAAUAUUAACAGGAAUACUACUCCCUGCUAUUUUUUCAUGAAGGGGAAAUGCUUAAAAGGUGAUGAAUGUCCUUUCAGACAUGGAGUUGGUACUCCAUUAGACCUUCACAAGGACCAGCAAAGCACUCCUAGUGUAAGUGCUGUCAAAGCUGGCCAGUAUCGGUUUCAGUCCAUGGAGGAGGCCCUUGAGUAUUUUAAGAAGGAUAAAGAGCUUAAGGGUGAGUCUUCUCAUGAUCGUAUAGAGGAUUCUGAUUUCUUCCGAGAUGUAGACGAGUGUGCUGCGGCAUGGCUUCAACGUGGAAGGACUUUGGAUUUUCUAGAUCAAUGUAAUGACCCCCAGUCAGAUCAUCAACGGGAGAAAGAUCAGCACACUGAGAACAGGGAGUCUGAAAUGUCCGGGAGCUUACACGGGCGGGAACAGCAAAAGACCUCCUCCGAGUGGACUUUGGACAUAUCAAUGCUCGAGAAAGGAAAAUUGAGGGAGGAGAGCUAUGAUGAGUUAGAUGAUGAACCAGUUCCAAGAUCGGAGACAGAUCAGCACAGGGGCUUGCACGGACGGGAUGAGAAGCUUUUGGAGGGACCAUCAAUGCGGACGAAAAGCAAGCCGAGGGAGGAGAGCAAUGAUGAGUUGGAUCCUUGUGAUCUCCGCCAUCAGUUACCGAGAGUAAGAAGACCAAAAGAUUCGGGACGGGUUAGCGAUCCUGAUGAUCGUGGCAGUCAUCGAUAUGUUCAUGAUGAUAGUUCUCAUGCUCAGCAUUCACAGUGGGAUCGCCAGUCUCUCGGAAGGGGAAGAUCCAAAAGUAUAAUAUCUCUGCCUACCAAAUCUUCACCAGAUCGACCUACUGGCUGGCCGUCUGCGAUAGACACAGACAGAGAAAGGAAAAGAAGAAGAUUAUCGCCAGCCAUGCUGAUGAACGAUCAGGAAAGCUGCGCAAGGUUGGAUGCGGAUUCAAGCUCCGGUGCAAAGAGGACAUCUGGUGGACGGACAGCGGGAAAAGAUGUUGCUUACCCUUCAGAUUUUCCAGGCCCAAAGAGUCUUGCUGAGCUUAGAGGUGCAAAAGCUUCUCAGACCUCCUACGACGAGAAAAGAUUAAGUUCCAGCGAAACUGCAGAUCAUCAGGAAUAUGGAUCCUCCCUCUCUUUCGAAGGCCCACUGCCAUUGAGUGUCAUUCUCCAGAGGAAAAGAGAGGCUGCACCUGAGAAGAGUGCGAUCUCAAGCAAUGGGGAAGGAGAUAAUCAAGGAGAUGCAGAUGAUCAUGCUUGGGAUCCUGCCGAGGAUGGUGGGAAUGUCCCUGAAGCAUCCAAGGGUACGACGGUUGAUGAAGAGGAAGAAGAGGGUAGGAUCGCUAAGGAAUUACUUGAUGGUGCAGAUGAAGUGGUUAAUUAUGAGGAGGCAGCUGAAGGCGAAGAUAAUGAAUACGAGGUGGAUGAAGAUGACUUUGUCAAGAUGGUAGGAGACCUAUUGGUCUGA